CCGAGGAACAUGACGGCUGCCGCUGCCCCCGAGGAGGGCAAUGUGUCCGUGGUGGUCCGCGUGAGACCCCCAAACUCUCGAGAACAGGAAGGCAAUCAUUGCCCGGUGGUGCAUGUUGUGGACGACAGCAUCUUGGUGUUCGACCCCGACGAGCCUGACACAUCCGGGGUCUUCUCCGGCCUGAGGGGCUACGACGGGACGAAGCGCAAAGGGAAGGACUUAAAGUUUAUAUUUGACCGCGUGUUCGGGGAGAGCGCGACGCAGCAGGACGUGUUCCAACACACCACCAAGGAGAUCUUGGACGGGGUCCUGAACGGCUACAACUGCUCUGUUUUUGCCUACGGAGCCACGGGGGCAGGAAAGACGCAUACGAUGCUGGGCACAGAGGCAGACCCCGGGGUCAUGUACCUCACCAUGGAGGAGCUUUACCGGCGGAUCGAAGCAAUCCAAGAAGAGAAGUCCUGCGAGGUCCUCAUCUCCUAUCUCGAGGUGUAUAAUGAGCAGAUCCAGGAUCUUCUUGCACCCAAAGGAUUCCUGGCAAUCAGAGAAGAUCCACAGAAAGGAGUUGUGGUUCAGGGCCUUUCUUUCCAUCAGCCCAAAUCCGCGGAUCAGUUACUGCAGAUGCUGGCCAAUGGCAACCUGAACCGCACUCAACAUCCAACAGAUGCCAACGCGUCGUCUUCCCGAUCGCACGCCGUGUUCCAGAUCUACGUGAAGCAGCAAGACCGUGCGGCCAGCAUCAACCAGGACGUCCGGGUCGCCAAGAUGAGCCUCAUUGAUUUGGCCGGUUCUGAGCGGGCUUCCUCCACCAACGCAAAAGGAGAGCGCCUCCGAGAGGGGGCCAACAUUAACCGCUCGCUUCUGGCGCUCAUCAACGUCAUCAACGCGCUGGCCGAUGCCAAGAGUAAAAAGGCUCACAUCCCGUAUCGAGACAGCAAGCUGACCCGGCUGCUGAAGGACUCCAUUGGGGGCAACUGCCGUACGGUGAUGAUCGCAGCCAUUAGCCCCUCGUCUCUUAGUUAUGAUGACACCUACAACACUCUUAAGUAUGCCAAUCGGGCCAAAGAGAUCAAGUUGUCGUUGAAAAGCAAUGUGGUGAACCUUGACUGCCACAUCAGCAAGUACGCGGCAGUGUGUGAGGAGCUGCGAGCCGAGGUCGCGGAACUGAGGGAAAGACUCCGUUCUUAUGAGAUGAAAGAGGACCAUCCAGAUGUUCUCCCUGUGUGUCCCAGCCCGGAGCGCAAUCAAUCCACGAGGUUGGAGGAGCCAAGAGAUUCAUCCAGCCCAGAGCAAGGACGCAGGACACAGAAACGGACCACGACCAGGAGAUCUUCCCAACGCCUUAACCAAAAACCCCUCAAGCGGCCACCUGAGGAUCACGAGAAACAGGAUUCUGAUUCAGAGAACUUUAGUUUCACGGAACAUGAGACGAGUCUGUGUGUUGGACCGGAACCCUUAAACGGCGACACUGAGAGGUUAAUCGGCGCUUUCCUGCAUGUGAUCCGAAAACAGAGCGAGACCCUAAAGCGUGCCGAUCUUCAGACCCCCGAGAUGGACGCCGAGGUACAAGAGCUGGAGCGGCUCGCUCUACGGGUACGGCGUGACUUUACCACCGAGCAGGUCGAGCUGAAGCUUCCCGAUACAGACGCCGGUAACCCCAUCAAAGAAGAGGCUCCGUUACUGCCGCCCAUUGAUGAUGCCGAGGCUGAUGUGAAGCCGCAGAUCGCUGUUGCCCCAGUAGCCUCCUUUAAGAAAAGGCAUCCGCUGAAGCGCUGCAGGCGGGAGCUUCUGCCGGACGCCAGCCCCACGCUCCGAAGUCCGGUUGUGCCAGCGAAGCGGAGAAGAGAAGCCGAAUCCCGCACUCCAUCCAAAGCCCACGAAACGCGCCUUCCUAGCACCCCGGAGGCGCAAGUCAAGAGGCCAAGAAAGUCCUCCAUACCUAGCAGAAGCCGGCCGAACCUCAGAUCCGGCGCCAGUCUGUUUCACGGCAAAUCCAACGAUGCCGUUGUUGGCCAACCCUCGAGAAAGACUUCCCUGUGCACCCCAAAGCAAGCAACGCAAGCAAAGUCUAAUGCCCCGGCGAACGCCAUCACUAAAGCCCGGGUACCGCUGGCCACGUCGGCCCUUCAGAACUGCGCCUCGGUCCCUGCCGCAGCGCUAGCUGCCAGGGACCUGAAUGCCACCUUCGAUGUGUCGGAGGACGUUUUUCUGGCUCCUGACCUUAACGCGACCGUGACCUUCGGAACGUCUGAGUUUUCCGGGUGGGAAAACGUGAAUUCGCAGCACAUAGAUAGCACGUUUGGCAAAAGUUCCGAGGUCGCGGUGUUCACCAUGAACGGUCGGUCGGUGAAGCUCACGACUUCUUCUCAGAUGUCGUCCGUCGCAAAGUCCUACCCCCACCGGAGGAGGAGGUCGAACAGCUCGUCCUCCAUGCGCGCAGGUUCUUCAACGGUUGGCCAAAGCAAGAUUGCAAAAUUACAACUUGGCGCGGUGAAAAAGCCUCUAAGACCACCUACCAUUGCAGAGAGCUGCAGCCCCCAGAGACAGAGCGGCAAGAAGAGCGUAAAAGGGAACACCGCCUUUGGCCGCUCCGUGUCGGCAGCUCCGGCGACCAGGUUCAUGCAACUUACAGCGGUCAAGUCGUAGAUCUCAGGAGAAACGUUCAGCCGGCUACGUGCUACGUAUUUUUUUUAUAUAAUGUAUUGAUUUUAUUAUUUUCCCAUACUGCUUAAUCCACCCAAAUAUUUGC